GGGCGGGGGGGGGGGAAUGAGGUGGGGUCAGACUGAGGAACCGAACUUGCCUGAGAAAGAAGCAGUGUGAAAUAAAGAGAAGGCAGAGCACCCGGUGGCAGCCGAGAUAGCCGAGCGGACUGACUGGAAGGUUACCGUUCCUUAACCUUUUUCAGACGUUCUCUUUUUUUCCUUCCUCACGUCUAACAGAUUUUAUGGAUGAUGAACCGUGGUUUCAUCUGACGUUUCCGUGAAGUAACAGUUCUGAAGGAUUUUUUUUUUCUGUUACGGACUUUUCUAAAUAGUCCUCUUCUUCUCAACCAGGGGCGAGCACAAGUCCUAGAUUGCAACCAGUCCAUAUUAUAUCUAUACUCAUACAACCGGGCGAGUGGGGAUACUUGGUCUGCCUUUGACAUGUUGUCUGGGACAAUGGUACUUAUUCUGGGGUCGCUGUGGAUGCCGAAUGGGGGAGCUCCAAGUUGUAAAGAUGACUGUGAAGAUUUCGAUUAUUGUAAAGAGGAAAUGAACAUCUGUGGUCGCAACGCAACAUGUGUUAUCAAAAGCGGGGAAUACGAAUGUUCUUGCAAAGAGGGGUUUUCUAACACACGGAACAAGACCAAAUUCAAACCUAUAGAAGGAGAGUGUAAAGACACCAACGAAUGCUGGUACAACGAAACGAUCUGUGGCAAAACGGCUAAAUGUGUUAACACGAUCGGGAACUACAAUUGCAAUUGUCUGCCAGGGUACCGCAACUUCAGUGAGCACAGCUCUAACUGCACAGACAUAGAUGAGUGCACAGAAGGUACAGCACAGAAAACCGUUGCUUGUAGACUAAAAGGCAGUUGUAGCAAUCUUGUCGGGAGCUACUUGUGCAAUUGUUCAUCUGGAUACACCAACUAUGGCCAUGAAAGGACUGAAUGCUCAGAGUUGCAGUGUGACCAGUUCAAAGUAGACACUUCUCUCCCUGGUCUGGCAAAUGUCUUGUCCUUGAUGAGGAACAACUGUCUGGCUUUAUCUGACCCUAAAUUAGUCAGUGGUGAAAAGAUGAAUGGAGUGACUUUACUGCAGACACUGUUUAGUGCAACUGAAGACAUAUUGUCUCAUGGUCAACUGAACAACAGCCAUGAGGUGAGUGGAAUGCUGGGUGCAGUGGAGAAGGGCUUGAAGCUCAUCGUCCCUCAGCUCAAAGACAACAUCACCACGAGGGAGACAAACCAUACAGAGAUGCAGCUUGCAGUAUGGAGGGGGGAAACUCCACCAACAGGACCAGUCCACCUGACCACGAACAAUGCAAACUUAACUACUGACUGGAGGAUAGCAACUGGGAGUGGGCCUUACACAGGCAUUGCUACUGCGGCACUGGUGAACUACAAGAACCUUGAAAAAAGUGUUAACUGGUCCUUUGAGCAUCUCCAAGAACAUCAAAAAGAUGGUCGGGGUCCCAGCUAUCAAAUCGCUUCUAAAGUGGUUUCGGUUGUGGUCUCCAACCCAUCCACACAACACCUAAAUGAAUCUGUCACCCUCACCUUCAGGCAUCUAGAGAACAGGGAGGAGUCUUCUCAGGUGAAUUACACCUGCAUAUACUGGGAACCUGGACAGAAUGAUGGAGGAGCAUGGUCCACACGUGGUUGCUCUAAGCAGUUUUCCAAUGAUACGUACACUGAGUGCAGCUGUAGUCACCUGAGCAGCUUCGCUGUGCUGAUGGCCCUGUAUCCCAAUGAGGAUCCCUUUGAACUGGUAGUAUUUACCAAAUUGGGCCUGACAAUCUCCCUGCUGUGUUUGGCUGUGAGCAUCUUGACCUUUCAGUUCUGCCACUCCAUAAAAGGGACACGCACCACCAUCCACCUGCACCUCUGUGUGUGCCUCUUUUUUGCCAACUUAAUCUUUCUCACUGGCAUUUCACAGACCAAACCUGAGGUUGCAUGUAGAUUCGUGGCGGCCAUGCUCCACUUCUUCUUCUUGGGAGCAUUUAGCUGGAUGCUGUUAGAAGGGGUACAGCUGUAUCGUAUGUUGGUGCUUGUUUUCAAUGCAAACAUGCGACGUCUCUACAUGUUUGCUGCGGGCUAUGGGCCCCCCUUGGUGAUAGUAGGGAUAUCUGCCAUCAGCAGACCGAAUGGAUAUGGCACUAACCGACACUGCUGGCUCUCCUUGGAACAUGGCCUCAUUUGGAGUUUCUUCGGCCCUGUCUGUCUCAUUAUCAUCCUCAACAUCUUCUUCUUCAUCAUCACCGUCUGGAAGCUCACCCAGAAAUUCUCCAGUCUCAACCCAGAACUCUCUAACCUGCACAAAAUAAAAGUGUUCACAGUGACGGCCAUUGCCCAGUUGUGUGUGCUGGGUCUGACGUGGGUGUCUGGGGUCUUCCUGUUCCAAGAGGGUGCAACAAUAGCAGCAUAUAUCUUCACAAUCCUUAACAGCCUACAGGGAGUGCUGAUCUUUAUCAUGCACUGCCUAUUUUCUAAGCAGGUGAGAGAGGAGUACGCCAAGUUCUUCUGUCUGCGUGAAAAGCAACAGAAGAAAUACUCCGAGUUCAGCAAUACCGUCCCCCUCCAGUCACUCAGUAAGUAA